AUGGAGCUCAGCUCACGGGCGUUGGAGGUAGACAGAGACAUAAUCAAAGAAUUACAGGACUCGGUACCCUUCGGCUGCAGGAACCCUGGGGAUUUGGGGGUGGUGGCGGGAAAGGAGGGACAGCAGAGCCAAUGGCCAGCCCCCCUCUAUUUCAACGGGUUUAGUAACAUCAACCUCAGUGCCUCCCACCCCACGCCCACCGCCUCCCGCAGACAACUCUUCGGCACAGUUGCUAGCAAACUGCCAUUUCCGGCCCGGGAGUUCUACGGCAGGGAAUAUAGCACGGCCCCACCGCAGAAAAACCCCACCUUAAGCUCCGGGUUCGUUGUCCUGGGCCUUGGGGAUCUGGCCGAACUGCAAAUCUUCUUUCCCGGGCCCCUUUUAAUCACGCAUCUCGUCACCCUAGCAGGGCACACAACCAUUGCGCCCAUCACCCUCGCUGACUGCUGCCCCCAGACCCCCAUGUGCUUCUUUCUUCGCAAUCAGUCCGCCGUGGAAAUUUGCUGCAUCUCGGUCGCUGUCCCCAGCAUGCGGGCCAGUUUCCUGUCCAGCAGCCAGCGGAUGCCCAUCCGGGGCUGUGCCUUGCAAAGGCACCCCUUCAUCGCUCUGGGAGGAGCGGAGUGUCUCCUCCUAGCGGUGACGGCCUGUGACCGCUUUGUAGCCAUCUGCAACCCUCUGCGCUACACACUCACCAUCGCCAGGGCCCUCGCUCGGCAGAUGCGGGCUGUGGCACGCGUCAGUGGCUUUGCGCUCUCACUCGCCCUUAGCGCAGCAGUAAUGCCCCUCUUGCCCUUCUGUCGGCCCCGUGAGAUCAAGCAUUUCUUCUGUGACAUCCCUGCCGUGCCAUUCCUGGCCUGCUCAGGCACGCAAGCCAGUGAGGUUGCAGUCUUCCUGCUCUGCACGCUCACCCGGGUGAUUCCCUCCUUGCUGAUACUGCUCUCCUGUGGAGCCAUUGUCGCUGCCAUGCUCAGAAUCCACUCGGCUGAGGGCAGGAGCAAAGCCUUCUCCACCUGUGCGGGGCACCUGCUGGUCUCUCUUCCGCGCUGUGGCUGCGCAAUAUUCGUCUACAUUCGCCCCAAGUCAUGCUACACCCCGGAACAGGACAAAGCCGUGUCCUGAAUCCACACCAAUGUAACUCCCAUGCUCUACCCCCAUUCUACAUAUAGCCUCAGGAACAAGGAAGUCAAGGGUGGCCUCAGGAGGCUCCUGGAGAGCCACAACCAGAUGAGGCGGCAGCCUCGUGCCAGGCGAGGGGCAAAGUGGAGUCCGCCGGGACUAACCUGCCUACGAGGUUACGAGAACCCAGUCGGUCAUGUCCACGGCACACCCCGCGGCUCCCCUCCUCCCUCUGAGGGCUGCUCCCUGCUUGUGCGUGCGCCUGAACCUUACCACCGCCUUUUCCGUGGUCACACAGAUGGAACGAAUCCUAAGGCUCUCCGAAAGGCGGCAGUUCGGGGCUGUUUUGCUGUCCCUUCAUGGACAAUUACGUUCAUCAUCUGGAACACUGUCAGAGACAUGAACACGGACAGGACGAAGGUCAUGAGAUGA